AUGGUGUGCAUUCCUUGUAUCGUCAUUCCAGUGCUGCUCUGGAUCUACAAAAAGUUCCUGGAGCCAUACAUAUACCCUCUGAUUUCCCCCUUUGUCAGUCGCAUAUGGCCUCGAAAAGCUGUGCAAGAAUCCAAUGAUGCAAGCAAAGGCAAAAUAGACUAUAAGGGGGCAGACAUAAAUGGAUUUCCAACACAAGGAUCGACAGAAAUCUCUGAUAAAAAGAAAGACUGA